GCAUCGUCCGGCAGAUGUUAAAGGACCUCAGUCUCUGAGAGGAAAUAGAGACGGCUCUGACCCUUCUUGUAGAUGGCCUCGGUGUUCUUUGACCAGUCCAGUUUAUUGUCAAUUCGUAUCCCCAUCUGAGAACUGGUACCGCAGCAUAAAAGCCAGGACCAACAGGCUCCGGGACAGCUUCUUCCACCAGACCAUCAGACUGAUUAAUUCAUGCUGACACAACUGAAUUUCUAUAUCAACUGUCCUGUUGCACAGACUAUUUAUUACAAAUUACUAUAAAUUCCACAUUUAGACGGAGAUGCAACAUUAAGAUUUUUACUCCUCAUGUAUUUGAAGGAUGCAAGUAAUAAAAUUAAUUCAAUUCAGACAGUCCCGAUGACGUUGAGAUCAGGGCCCAAUGGAACCCUUAUCAUCUGGAACCACAUUUUUCAAAAAAAAUUAGGGUGCCUGAGACUUUUGCAGAGUACUGCACACCUUCCAUCUCCAACCCUGACAGUGCAUUCGCUUACCCAGCCCAACUCCUCUAAAUUAUCCCCAAACACCUCCAUGUCCUCUCUUCAUUUCCAUCCUGGGUGUAAGACAGGGUUUUGGGUCCGGGAGAGGGGACCCGAACACAACGGAGAUCGUUCCUGACCAAAUAACUUUCUGGCCACAGUGGCCACUUGUUAAGAGGGUUUGACGGAGGUGGAAGAACAAAGUUAUAAGGAUUUCAUUGAUGUUCAUAAGUUGCAGGCCAUUCGGCCCAUCAAGUCUUUGCUGACUCUGAGCACUUUUAGCAGUCCCAUUCCCAGUAACCCGUUCUCUCCCACAUAACCAUCAAAUAAUGCCCCCUAAAUGUUUGGGGCAUGGGGGAAACCAAAGAACCUCAGGAGGGUUGGGGUGGGGUGGAACCCACACAGUCUCAGGGAGAACCUGCAAACUCCACACAGACAGCACCAGAGUUCAAGAUCAAACCGGAACCGUGAGCGAGGGGCCGUUUUUCCUCGGUGGGCCCCGGUGGUUCUCCUGGAGAACCUGCCACGCAAACCGAGUGCGGGAGUCAGACACGCGAGGUCCAGAACGCUCGGGACUUUUGCCCGUGGAAGGGGGGGAUCUCCAAUGUUGCGAACAAUCUGGCUGGGCAUCAGACAGAUGUAGGGAGAGGGGUGGCACGUAGAACAGGACCAUAAGACAGAGGAACAGAAUCAGGCCAUUCAGCCCAUCGAAUCCUCUCUGCCAUUCAAUCUUGGCUGGUUAAUUUUCCCUCUCAAACCCCAUUCUUCCGCCGUCUCCCUGUAACCUUUGGCGCCUUGGCCAAUCAAGAACCUAACAACGUCUGCUCGACCCCCAACAGCCGUCAGUGACAAUCCACAGAUUCACCAGUUAAAGAAAUCCCUCCUCGGCUCAGUUCUAAAGGGACGUCCCUCUGUCCUGCUGCCCUAGAUGCCCCCUCUGUUGGAAACAUCCCCCCUCCCCACUCAUCAACCAUAUCUGGGCCUUUCAAUAUUCAGUAGGUUUCAAUGUGACUCUCCUCUCCCACCCCCGAUCUUCUAAACCCCCUCGGAGGUUAGCUUACGUUAACCCUUUCAUUCCCAUGAGCCUCCUCUGGACCCUCUCCAAUGCCACACCUACUUUCUAAGACAAGGGCCCACAACUUCUCACCGUACCGCAAGGGAGGUCUCGCCAGUGCUUUCGAAAGCCCCAGCGCGGUAUUCUAGUCCUCUCGAAAUGAACGCCAGCAUUCCAUUUGCCCUUCUUGCCCUGCCAGUUACCCUCCAGGGAAUUCUGUAGGACUCCCAAGCCCCUUUCCGCCCCCCCCCUUUCUGAAUUCAUUUCCUAUCUUAACAGCAGCCAGCAGGUUAUUUUUCGAAGCCUGUGCUUGGCUGGAGGGGGUCUCCGGGGUUGCGCGCAGAACGGCGUGUGGAGCUUGGGUCACCAGGCAUUCGGCAAUUCCGGGUCUGAAGAUCCCGGGAGAGGCCAUUCGGCCCCUCGGGGCUGUCACACUUCUGCUGGAUGAGAUCAUCGGCGCCCCUCACGCCCGAGUCAUCCGAACUCCUCGGGCUCCGGCUCCGGCUCCAGCGUUCGCCGCGAUGCGGGAUGAGUCAGCCCUGACUCGUCCGUGGGCCCCGUCCCCCGCUCCCACACUCAAACUUCCUCCCAAUCCCCGCUCCUCCUCAGGUUCGCGACCAGCCGGCUGCCCUCCUCGGAAUGCCAGUCUAACCCGAGGACGUUCAUUCACCGGGUGACGGGAGAGCAGCCGCUUUCAUCUCCGGGCGACUGGCUUGAGUUCCAGCCCCGGUGCCGGAGGUGGAGCCGGUCAGACAGGCCGCCGAACAGCUGCGAGGAGCAGAGACUUGCGGAGGGAUUGCUCGGGUGGGGUCGAUGGCCGCCGUCAGGAUUACCCCAGGAAAAGGGCUGAAACGGAAACGCGGCCAGGAAGAUGCCGCCCCGGCCGCGCCGCUCGCCUUCCAGUGCGACUCGCUGUUGGACCUGUCGCUGAUCAAGCUGCACCAGAGCUGCGCUGUGGCCGAGUGCAACUUGCGACGCUCCGUGCUGAUCGCCAACACGCUGCGGCGCCUGCAGGCCGAGCGCGUGACGCCGCCGGCCGCCCCCCAGCUCCAGCCCCCGCCCCAGGCCGCUCCGAAGCCCGAGGGCACGGGCCCGAACUGCAGCCCAGCCCCGGUCGACCUGGGCCUCCUCUCGGGCAACGACUCCUCGCUCUCCUCCGCCAUCUCUAGCAUCCUGCAGGACCUGGACUGUGCCCCAGGCCUCGGCCUGACGCGGGAGCAGGCCUCCAUGGAGGAUGACCAACUGCAAACCCCCAGGCCUGGCUCACCCAGCUCCCGGCCUCUCGAUUCCAUUUUUGCCACCUUCGAGAUCACCGAAUCGGACGCCUUCCUGGUCGAUGGCUCCCUGGACGCCAUCUUUGAGGACAUUGACACAUCCAUGUAUGACGCCCAGCCGGCCCUUUCCACUGCGGCCUGGGAGCUGAUCAAGCCAACGCCAGCGCCGGGGGCUGCCUUCCCUCCCUGCCCGCUGGCCAAGGCCUCCUGCGACCGUUCUUCCAGCUGGGCGUCCAGCGGGCGAACAGACUUUGCUGAUCUGGAGAGUGUGAUGGAUCUGCUGGUCGGAUGAGUCAGGGAGCCCCUGCAUUUGCAGGAGAUUUUGAUAUGACGCCGAUUGGUUUUUUUUUGUACCCACUGAGGCUGGUGCAGCAGCUGCUGGUCAGUUCUGCCACCCCUCAGUGCUCCCCAGUCCUCUUUCAUAGUCCUGAGGUGGGGGAGAGAUGGGAGGCUGUCCAGAUCUCUUCACGCCCUCUUUUCCAAUUCUCCAAUUGUUCUGUCUGGAAGUAAAACAUUCCUGUGUUUGUGGGCGGGAGGCGGAGGGGAUGGGUGGGAGACUGUGAACUGAUUGCCGCUGGGCCCGGACUUUUCCCCUGCUGGGGUCCAAAGGCAGCUGGAGGGCCUUCUUGCAGGCCGAAGCCUGCGCCUGGUUGGCCGCAGGUUGUGAACGAGCCGAUGCGGGGCUAAAGCACCAGCACGGACAGGUCAGGCCGAACAGCCUCUCUCUUUUUGCUGUCAUUCCUUUUCACUGUUACAUCCUCAUUGCUUUCGAAAAGGAGGCUCUGGGCGCAAGUGUGGUGCUGAGGGGCAGAUAGAGGUCUUGCAGAGCCAGUGCACGGGGUGGGGGGGGGGGGCGGGGGAGGUACUGGGAAGCAUUAAUGUGCAAUGAGAUGGACCACCAACCAUCCUGUACGAGGUCUUCAUCCCUUCCCCUUUUUUCACCCAUGAUUCCAUAGUCCCCCUUUUCUCUAUUUCCGUCUCUUCUUCUUUGUCUUCUCUUUCACUCUCACUGCCUCCAGCCUAUCUCUGCGACCGUUAUCAAACCUGAAGACUACCCGGCUCUCGCUCAAUCCCUCCUGUUCACUGACUCAGAAUGCAGGCCUGUUCAAACCAAGUCAAGUUUAUUUAUCUUACAAACCAUACGCAGAUGCAGCUGAACGAGGCAGUGUUCCCCUGGGGCCAAGGUGCAAAAUAGCAGGCAAACAUAAAUCAAAAUAUCAAGGGGUGGGGUUAAAAAGAAACGCAUAGUCCAAGACCCUGUGCGGAAAUUCCCAGCGAUCGAUGGUACAGUCUCCUGGCGGUGUACAGACAAACGCAGUCCAGCCUGUCAUUCCACCGCUCGAAUACCAGGGGGCAGCACUGACGGGUGAUGCCGGGCCCCCAGCCGACCUGAACCACGCUGCAGAGCUUCCUCGCCUCUCACCUGGUCUCCAGCAGCAGGCAAGCCCAAGGCUUGAGGCCUAGUCUUUGCCGCAGCUCCCAAUGUGUCCCUCAAUAUCCCCCAUCUAAUGCCUAACUUUUAACUUUUGUAUUAAUAUUAUUGUAUGUUAUUUUAUGAAUGUUAAAUGUGCAUGACACUUACAUGUUCUAAUAUUAAUGUAUGUGUUUUUUGUCCUGCAUGCUUUGGUUAUGGCACACGGCAGUGAGGAAGACUAUUACUGACCCUAGUGCGCCUGCCCCUCUCAGUUGGGUAAUUAAUUGGCCUCUGUUCUUCCUUUGUCAGCUUAUGCUGGAGUGAAGGUGGUGGUGAACCCUUCCUUGGUGAGCCGCAUAACCCUGGAGCACUGACUUGGGAAAGUUUCCCAUAGGGUACUGGGGAAAGGGCUAAUGGCAUUGAAAUUCAUUGGGACUGGGAGAGUUUAACUCUCAGAGAAGCUGCGUCCCACUGUCUCUAGACUCUCCCCUCCUCUCCACACCUUCCUCGUUUGGAGGGACCUGCCUGUUCUCACAGAGUUAGUUUACAGAGCCUCAUGGUCACCCGUGUGGGGUUUUCUCAGAAUUCCGGCGGGCUGCUUUGGCACAUCUCCCUCACACGCUGUGGGCAGCAUGAGCUGGUGGUGCCAUCUUUUUUCCAAGUGCAGCCCACCACGUCUAUUUAUGGAGCGGCUGGGCAAGGCUCUGUCGAGGGAGUUGGGUCAGGGGCGGCAGAUGGAGAGAGAACAGGGACAGAACUCUGAGUCUGGGGACUAGGAAGCCAGAGGGUUAUUGAACGGACUGGUUAUCGCAAUUCAGAACUUCCUGGUGAAUCUCAGUAAAACUCCCAAUAGUCUAGCAGCGAAGUCUCAACAGUUUGGCGUCUGACUCAUCGGGUGGUUUCCUUGGGUUUUUUUGAAAAUUUAUUAAGCCAUUGUGUGAUACAUUUUCAUGAAAUAAAGGCAUAUUAAAUGGUCUGGUAAACCUGCCAGUCUGUCAGCACCAAAGUCCUGAGCCCCCCGGAUUAUUGGAGUUCUUUUUUUAAAGAAUGUAAUGCUCAAAUCUGUUUUUUUUUUCUGCCUGUAUGUGCCAGAAUUAUGUAAAUAAUUAAAUUUUACUCUUGCUUCUGAGGUUAAACUAAUUUAAGAACAAUAAAAUGGCUUUUAGUGGU